CUGGUGCUGCUAUACCAGGGAAGUGGGGUCCCCACAGACCUGGAAAUUCUGGCCCCUCUUUCUCAACUGAGUACAAAUUGAGACGUCCGGAACUGAUUUCCAAAGACUCAUAUUAUGUAAGGAAGCCACCAACAAGAGCAAAGAAAAGGAGCCAGGGAUAGCUCUUCCUCAGGGACACUUGACUUUCAGGAGUGUGGCUAUAGAAUUGUCAGUGGAGGAGUGGAAAUGCCUGAACCCUAUGCAGAGGGCUUUGUACAGGGAAGUGAUGUUGGGGAACUAUAGGAACCUGGAGUCUGUGGGUAGCUCUUUAAAAUCCAUGAUGGAGUUCUCAUCAACAGGGCAAGGCAAUACAGAAGUGUUCCACACAGGGACAUUGGAAAGACAUGAAAAUCAUCACAUUGGAGAUUUUUGCUUUCCAGAAAUCGAGAAAGAUAUUCAUGACUUUCAGUUUCAGUGGCAAGAAAUUGAAAGAAAUGGCCAUGAAGCACCCAUGACAGAAACCAAAGAGUUAACUGGUAGUACAGACCGACAUAAUCAAAGUCAUGCUGGAAACAAGCCUAUUAAAGACCAGCUUGGAUUAAGCUUUCAUUUGCAUCUGCCUGAACUGCACAUAUUUCAGACUGAACGGAAAAUUGGUAAUCAAGUGGACCAGUCUAUCAAUGAUGCUUCCUCAGCUUCAACAUCCCAAAUAAUUUCUUGUAGGCUCAAAACCCAUAUUUCUAAUAAGUAUGGGAAGAAUUUCCUCCAUUCUUCAUUAUGCACACAUACAGGAAGUACACAUGAGAGAAAAACCUUUCCAAUGUAA